AUGUCUGAGAGCAGUAGUAGUAGUAGUAGUAAUAGUAAAACAGGGAAUGCUGGAGAUCCACCUCCUCCCUCAUCAUCUUUAAUAGCUUCAUCUGUACCAUCACCUUUAACAUCACCUAAUGGCGGUGGUACUACAUCUACUACAUCUACAACAAAUACAUCACGCGAACCUUUAUCUCCUUCAUCAACUUCAUCAAAUUCACCAAAUACUACAACUGCUGCUGCAGCAGCAGCUGCAUCGCCAUCUAUACCUACCAUUCAUACAACAACAGUACAAAAACAAAGAAAAAGAAUAUUUAAUAAAGAAUUAAAACAUAUGAUGUUUGGAUUUGGUGAUGUAAGAGAACCAUUACCUGAAACAGUUGAUUUAAUGGAAGAGAUUGUAUUUGAAUAUAUUCAAGAGAUGACACUUAAAGCUGCACAAGUAUCGACAAAACGUGGACGAUUUCAAACAGAGGAUUUGGUAUUCCUCGUUAGAAAGGAUCCAAAGAAAUAUAGUCGUGUCAUUGAACUACUUAAAAUGAAUGAAGAAUUAAAGGUUGCCAAGAGAGCAUUCGAUGAUACUCAAGAACCUGAAGGAUAA